AUGGCACCAGCGUCUCCUCCUGGUUCUUGGAAUUUCACAGUUGGAUGGAUCUGCGCCCUGCUGGUCGAGUAUAUUGCCGCUCUGCAGGUCUUGGACGAGACUUAUGAGGACCACCCGGAUGCCUUGCAAGCCAAGGGCGACUACAACGUGUACACCCGGGGCCGCAUCGGGAAACACCAUGUUGUGGUAGUUUGUCUACCCGCCAAUUCGUAUGGCUUGGUGUCCGCGUCCAGGGUCAUAGCAAGUAUGCGAAGCAGCUUCCCCUCGAUCCGGUUCGCAGUCAUGGUGGGAAUCGCCGGGGGCUCCCCGGAUGCUGGCAACGACGUGCGCCUCGGGGAUGUGGUCGUCGGAACCCGGGUGAUCCCGUACUUGUUCGGCAAACAAACCCCCAGUGGGCAUGAAUACACGGGCCAUGUGCUUUACCCUCCCGAUAUUCUUCUGUACCGAGCGAAUGACAUGCAGCAUCGCACCAUGGUACAAUUGAAUAUGGAAGAAAUCAUUGAGGACAAGAUCGGCCGCAUGUCCAGCCGGAUCAAACGCAAGUUUCAACGGCCAGAGCAAACGUCAGACCGCCUGUACUUAUCCGACUAUGUCCAUCACGAAGGUUGCGACUGCAGCAGAGCGAGCUCCCAGCUUUCCGAUCGCCUCGUCAACCGCGAACCUCGUGUCCAGGGCAGCCGUGUUCUGGUCCAUUCGGGUGCAAUAGCAUCUGGAGAUCAGGUUAUCAAAGAUGCCCGGACACGCGACAAUCACGCCCAGCGGCUGGGGACGCUUUGUUUUGAUAUGGAGUCAGCGGCACUGACCAACAUCGAUGCAAUUGGCAUUCGCGGUAUUUGUGACUACGCGGAUUCGCACAAAAAUGAUCAAUGGCACGGGUAUGCUGCUAUAGCUGCUGCAGUGUGCGCCGUGGAGUUUCUGAAAUUGAUCCCCGUCAGUGAUGUGCAAGAUAGUCAGUUCAAUAUGGCGGAGGAGGAAGUCCGAAGGUUUGUGGCGGCAUCCGUCGAAGAGGUGAGAGGGGCAGUCGAUGCUACUCUUACCAUGGCCAACCAACAGGCGGCAAUCCCAAAUAUAAAGAGCACACUAGCUGGCAUCGAGGAUCGAUUUGCCUUGCUGGACCGCUUGGAAAAAUCAGUCAUGACAAACAAGGGCGAAGAUGACCUCACAGCAAAACACUUGCGCAAUCUGGAGGAGUCUCACGGCCAACUUCAAGCUGCCCUGAACGAUCUUUCGGAGACAACCCUACGCCAGAGGGAUGAAUCCUCCAGCCCAGAGACCCGGCAGACAUGGUCCAGCAUGCAUACAUCUAUCACGGAUAAGUUAGAGCGAUUUCGAAGGGGAGCCGCCUCCAUAAGCAAUGCCUUAUCGGUGACAGGUAACCUAGGCGACAUUGGCAACUAUGCUGGCAACGAAGACGUCGGGUUUGCUGGAGAUAUG